AUGGUAGAAACAGACUGGAAAGAAAUAUUAAGUUUCUCUCAGAGGGAACUUAGUUUGGACGACAAAGAGAAAUUGUGUGAAAGUUUGUGCUGGAUGGAAGCGGAUGAUAUUGAACUAAAUUUUACCGAUUUAAAAACUUUGUUUAGACUAGCUCAAGAUAUAUUGAAACUGAAGAGUGAACAGGUAAAUAAUUUAGACGGCCAGCUAAAAGCGACUCAAAGAAAGACCAGUAAAACGAAAAUCGAGAGCCCAUACGCAGGUAAACAUGAAUCGUUCAAUUUAAAAUUACAUCUACUAUCGCCAACACAGAGCAAUGACAGUGCCCUAGAAACAAUAACACACCAAGAAGAAAUUAUCCGCGCGAACAAGGAGAUACUAGAACAACUAUACGCCGACAUCGCUGAUUUGGAAUCAAGGAAAAGUAAAUUAGAAGAAAGUAGAAGCAAUCGUGAUAUAGACAGUGAAUCCAGUCGCGAUGUUUUAUCAGAAAUGAACGAAGUUGCCGAACUUGAACAGGAAGUUACAAAGAAGAACAAACACAUUAGAAAAUUAUUAACUGAUGUCAAAAUUCUAGAAGAUGAGAACACAAAGUUAAAAGAGAAGGUGUCAAUUCUCAAAGAGAAAUUAACAGAAGCCACUCAAAUUAUAAGUAGUUUAACUGAGCAAAUGGUUACGAUCAAUAAUGAGUGUGGUCAGCUGAAAGAUAUUUUAGGCCAAUCCGAACAGCAAAAGGCCCAAUUAUCAGUGGAUAUUGAAAAUUUAAAAAAAGAACUAUCUGAAAAGGAUUAUAAGACAGUAAAUGUUUACCAAGAAUUGAAGUCCAAGGUUCAACACUGGAAGAACGUUGCUAAAGCAAAGAAAAUUGAAGCUGAAGCCCUAUCUAAUGAAAAUCUACAGUUGAAAGAAGAUCUUUUGCAAACUACAAAGCCGUCCUUAAUUACGUCACCAAAAAAAAAUGAUGCAGAAAGAGAAAAAAUAAAGGAGUUACAAGAUAAAUUAAUUGAAGCUUCAACUGAAAUUGAAGAAACGGCAAAUUUAAUUGACAUGCUAAGAACUGAAAAUAGACAACUGAAAGCCCUUAUAGAGGAAAUUCCAGAUGGUUCAACUUCUGAACGUAAGAAUGAGAGUGACGAUGGCAAGGAAAGGGCCAUUAUUACUAAAUUAAGAAAAAAGAUUAAAACAUUAACAGCUAGUCUGCAGGCUGCUGAGGAAAUGAUAGCGGCAAGGGAAAAAGAGUUGCUAGAAAUCACAUCCCAACUGCAGCUUAUACAAUCCGAUGAAGGUAUAAACACUUUAUUUGAAGGAUUGAAAAGUAAAAAACGACAGUUAAAGCUUAAAGAAGAGGGUAUCAAAAACUUAGUACAGGAAACAAAUAACCUAAAUCAACGUGUCAACGAUUUACAACUUCAAAAUGAAACUUUAAGACGAAAGUUAAACAUACCACUCGAUGAAAAAAUACCGACCGAGGGCAUAAUGAGGGAAUAUUAUGAUUUAAAAAAUAAGAAUUCAGAAAUUCGAAAAGAAUUAAAGAAACUUGAAAAUAAACUCGUUGAGCUAGGAUUAAAUAAUCAUAUUUUAAAAUCUCAAGUAUCAAAUUUUUCGAAAUUCUUAAUUCAAGAAGGGCACACAAAAGAUAAGAUAAAAGAAAUCGCACAAGCCGAGGACGCGGAAUAUUUGACGACGAAAGAUAACACAGAAGAAACAACGAGGAAAAAAUUAUCGCCUAUAAAUAAGCAAAGCAAGUGUGACGAUAUUGAAAACCUCGAAAAAGAAAUGUUCGUUCUCAUCGAAGAAAAUAAAGGACUUCGCAAAGGACUGCAAGAAAUGUUGGACUUCUUAAAAGAUAAUAGUACAACGUCUUCGGGUGUAUUAACACUACAAUGCCCAAGCUUGGAAUCAAUAUUGCUAUCGAUGGAGGCGCGAAAUACUGCGGGUUGGUUUGCUCCACAUAUGACCACGGUGAUGGAACUACGAGCCGCCUUGGGAGGAAAAGAUGCUCUACUAAUUGCUUUACAUGAAGCUAGAAAAGAAACCUUCGAUGUAAUGGCUCAACUAAAUGAGGAAACGAAAAAAACUUCAAAGCUCGAACAAAAACUUAACGAAAUGGAACUUAUAAAUAAACAAAAAGAAGAGGAUGAAAAGCGAGUAGAAAUUAAUGCAGAUGUUUGCGAGUUUGGAACGUGGAUAUCUGAUAAAGAACAAAGCAAUAUUAACUUUCAUGAUCAAUCUGAAAUAGAGAACUUAACACAAAAAGGAGCCUCUUUAUAUGAAUGUCAGCUAAAGAAAGGGCUAGAAUAUUUUCAUCACAAAUUUAAAGAUUUAUUUGAUAAACUCACCACUAUGACCAUCCAAAUGAGUGAUAAUCGUAAUAGCUGGUCGAUUCAGGAAGAACAUUAUAAAGCUGAAAUUGAAAAUUUAAAAUGUCAAAUACAACAAGACGAUGAUGAUUUUAGCGAUCUAUCACCUGGUAUGAUUCCAGUAACGAACACUAACUCCUUGCAAAGGAAAUGUUCCUAUUUAGAAGAGGCAUAUAGACAUAUAAGGACUUUAAACGAAAACAUGAAAAAUGAAAUAUUAGAAACUAAAAAAGAUGCAAUGGUAGCAACUUCAGAUUAUGAAAAUCGUAUCCAAAAAUUAAUACUUUCUGUAGCUAACUUAACAGAUAAAUUACGUUAUUCGAUAUCGUAUGACCUGUUUUGGAAACAAAACUUAGCAUUAAAUGAAGUUACUUCAAAAUAUAGAAAGCUUUUGGAAAACAACAUGAGCAGCAAAUAUAACUCCGAAAGCAUAUUAAAAUGUCUAGAAGAUAGCAAAACAGAUAUAAUAAACCGUAUUCAAAGAGAGUUUCAUGUCCAAAAUGGAAACACUACAAGUACCGCACCGAAGAUCGAAUCUAAUAUCGAAGCCUUGGUUUUACAUAAACAAUUAGAACAAUUAUCAUCCGUAAUAAAAGAAAAGGAUAACGAAAUAGACAAACUUCAUUUAAACAUUGCAGAACUCCAGGAAACACAAGGAAAAAUAAUUGAUGAAAGCCUUGCUUCCAUGACAAAAGAAGACAUAAGUUUGAUGAAGGAGCAGCUUGAAAAAAUAACAGAUGAUAACAAAAUCUUGCAGGAACAAUGCCAACAUACAACCAGCCAAUUAGAUAUCGCAUUAUUGCAGCUACAAGAUACUCAACAGAGACAGAUGAGUAGGGAUAUAGAAAUCAAUAUGCUGGAACAUCAAAUUCUAGAUCUACAGUCUACAAGUGACAGCAAAGCAAUUAUGUCAAGAUUGAGUGGCGAAAUUCUCAUAGCUCAUCUUCAAGCCUCUGAAAGUUAUAAAAGAAUAGAAAGACUCAGUUUAGCAUUAAACAAGGAAAAACUGGCUCGUGAAGAAGCCGAAGAAAUGUUAAGAGCCCGACAAAAAAUAUUUGAUGUUUAUGCGUUAAGAUAUGAAUCAAAAUUCAGAUACAUUUUUGAUGUAAUGCAAACAUUAAGACAUCAAUAUCAAGGAUGCAUACCUCGUGCUUCAAUUGAAAAUUACUUAAAUGAGAUUGAAGAACUUUCACGUAAGAAUCAUGAUGUAGAUGAAAAACUAACUGAAGUGGAUGAUUUACGAUCGCGUUUAAUCGCAAAACAUAGUAUAUUUGACCAAAUUUUAGACGUCUCUAAAGAUAAGUGUUUAAUAGAAGAAGAUAGUUGUCCACAUAAGUUGAAGUAUAUUGUAACCCAAUCGAUUAACUCACGAGAACUGGAACAUACCAAUAAGAAGUUAAAAACUUUAGAGCAGUCACGUGACGAUAUUAUUAAGCAUUGCAAUAAUCUAGAAAGAACUUUGGUACUAGUAAAUCAGGGCUUUGAAAAGUCUAAUGUUAAGCAUAACCUAAAAAUCGAUAAUGGAGAUAAUCAACAAAGAAUAGAAGUUCAUAAUUUAAUGUUAGAAGAUAUACAAUCGGACGAAGAGUCAGAUUCUUCAGGUGGGAGUAAGACUAUCACACUGUCAAAACCCCAAAUACUAAAACAGCCACAAUCGAUGACAAAACCCCAAGACGAUAUUGUAGAAACCGUUAAAGAUUCUCCAAUAAGAAUUAAACCUCAAAGCCCAAAGCGCACUUUUGCUGACGUGUCUAUGCAGACAACACCUAAAAAAGUAAAAAAAAUAAAUCAAUUAACACAAACAGACGAAUAUAAAGCCAUUAACGAAAUGAAAACUCGGAUGGAUAAUCUUCAAACUGUCCUUGAUAGAAAAAGUAAAGAAUUGACUGAAGCUAUGGUGUUAAUACAAAAACGAUCAGAGGAAAAUCUAAAGUUAAAUAAAGAAAAAAUAGGUUUUGAAUAUUCUAUAGAAAAUCUUAAGGAUUCAAGUACUAAAAAAGAUAGUCUAAUAGAAAAACUAUGCUCAACUAUAGAUGAGUUAAGGAGACAAGUCGAUGAAUUAAAAAUAGUGCAAAAGACAGAAUCAAACAGAAUUAAAGAUGAUAUGCACGAGGAGAAUAAAUCUCUACUUCUAGCAUUACAACACUUGGAAAAUGAUAAAAAGGCUAUCGAGACUGAAUAUAAAGAGUUAUUGAAUAAUGAAAGAGCAGAAUAUACAAAAUCUGUUAAAGAAUUACAUACACAGUUAAUGGAAGUACAAUCCAAACUGGAUAGACGUGGGAGUGAAUCUAACAUCUCUAACGGAGAAGCCUUUAAAGAAAUCGUUACAAAAUAUACAAUGAAAAUCGCUGAACUCGAAGAUAAGUCCUUUAAGCUGCAAAGCGAAUUAGAUGAAUGUAAAUCUGAAUUAACGAAUUACCAAAGUGAAGCAGAAAGAUGGAAGGACUUAGCCGCAGAGAGGCUGACGAAAAUGGAACAACUGAAUUUGCAACUCGAAGAACGCCACUGUCAAGAGGUGAAGUCCUACAAAGCUGAAAAUCAACAUUGGCUCUCACAAAUUAAUGACAUGCAACGCGAACAUCUGGACUUGAGAACGAGGCUGACGGAUCAGAAAACCGCGUACAUCAAACAAUUAGCGGAUAAAGAUUUACAGAUAGAACAACUACGAGUAGUUAUAAAUAACUUAAAGACACAAGUAAUGAAUAUGCAAACUCUAAUAUCGGUGAAUGACCCAAGUUUUGAUCUGUCCGCCAUCGUGGAAGUUGAUGAAACUAAUGAUGUGCUAUCACAACAUGGCUCUGAUAGACUAGAACUGAAAUUUGAUUCCACCGUGGACUUUCAUGAGUCACAGGAUGAAAUCGUUCGAAUACCAGCCUCUUCCACAACUAUAUGGCAAGAACCAGUAAUAGAGCGUUUGCGUCGUGAAAAGCAAAUGGCCAGUAAGCAAAACGCAAUACUGAGACGUCAAAUCAAAAUUCUCGCUGCUAGAGAGAGACGAGCACGCCUUGAUGCUCAGAAUCUGAAGAGUCAAGUAUUCAGAAUUAACACAAAUGGGAAUAAAGUAACAUCAUCAGAAACGGCAGGUCUCCACAAUAAGAUAGCGUCCCUACAAGCGCAGUUAACUAGUGCUAGAAGAGACACACACUCCAGUAUCGCGCUCUGGGACAAGUGGAAGAGAUCACAACAAGCAGCAGAUCGUUGGCAGGCUCGCUACGAAGAGAAACAUCAGGAAGUGUUAAAAUUAGAAGCCAGUCUACACCUUGCCAAGUCCGCUAUAGGAAGACUAGAAAAAGAGAAGAGAAUACUCUUAACUAGACUGAAUGAAGCGAAAAGUGAAAAUCAACUAACAGCAAUUGAAAAGCAAGAGGCUGAAUCACCGGAGAAAUCUCAUCGUUCAAGCAGAGAAGGCGCAUAUAGUACACCUUCGCUGCCUGUGUCUUCACAAGCUUUACUUGACAGAGUUGAGGCACAACAAAGGAGAAUUGCUGCAUUAGAAGUCGCGGAAAAGGGGAAUGAGUUGCUGGUGUCGGAAUACGAGAAGUCUUUAGCUGAAAUCACAUCGCUAAAAGGACAAGUGUUGAAAUUGGAAUCAACUCUGCUUGAAUCACAGAUUCGUACGCCUAUGAAAUCUUCUGGUGACACACAGCCAGAACUUGAAUAUUGGAAAAAUUACUGCCAAAUGUUGAAGGAGGAAAAUGUUCAACUGACACAUAAGAUAAACUCCAUGGAGACACUGCCCACCACUGCCCAUCAACAUCGAGUGAAUGACCUAGAACAAACUGUACUUACUCUUAGAGGUGUCAUAAACAAGUUGCAAGCUGAGCAGAAGUCAGGUGUUGUUUAUAAAAGGGUGGACUCGAGACCGAACAGCAGUCGAAGUGUUACGGAAAAGGGUCGCAUACAACUAGAAUCUCAUCGUGUAGAGAUAGUAAAUCUCAAAAGAACUAUACACGAUAAAGACUUGUUACUUGAGAGGUCGAAGGAGAUGCUCAAAAUCGCAGCCGAAAGGGAAGACGAAUUACUUCGAGAGAAUACCUACUUAAGAAGACAAAUGGAUGAGUUGACAAGACCAAAUGGAGGCUUUUUAUCUGCUUAA